AUGGAAGAACUCUUUCAAUACAUUGGUCCAAAUAAUGGCAUUGCAUCAGCUUCAGCCUUAUUAAAUCAUGAACGUAUGUUUGUCUAUUCCUCUCCACAUGAAAAUCAAAUUGAACGUUGUGGAGAAUUGCGUGUGGGCUCAUAUUUUGCUUGCUCGACUAUUCUCUACUAUGACGAUAAUGUGUGGCUUCAAAUUCGUCGUGGUUAUUUUUCUAAUGCAAAGAGUAAUGGGUAUAUUCGUGUCUACUUGGAAUUUCCUACUGGUUCUACAGUCAUAUAUGGUAGUGAUGUACCACCUCGUCAGCGUACUUCGGUCGUCACAGCGCAGCCGGCACAAUUUCGAUAUAUGCGGAGACUUCCUGAGUUUCCAACGUACAUGUGUGCGCGUGACCGUUUAGUGCUGUAUCAAGAGCCAGUGUUUAAUCUCCACGCAGCAUCAGUUUCAUCAUCGUCAUCUACCGACUCUAGUUCAACAACAGCUUGUCACUUGCAGCGAUUUUUACCACCUGUGAGUGUAUUUCAAGCUACAGAAUGCAAGUUUAAUCAGGACUUUACGCAAUUGAUUGUUAAGGUAACGUCGGCUUUUGCUGGGCUGGGUGGCUGGAUCAAUGCGUCGUUCCAUAAGACACUGAUUGAAGUAGAAGACCCGAGAGAGACUGGGUGUUUUCGUCAUGGACCGGUCUAUAUGCAGAAUGUGGCAGGAGGAGGAGGCAAAUGGGCCGGCGAAUUGCCCGUCCGCGCAAUUCCUAGUCUUCAAGCACCACGGUUAUACAAUGUUGAGAGUUUCCGAGUCGUCCGUGCCAUUGAGCGCAAGUUGCUAAAAGACCGUGUGUGGAUACGUAUUCAGCCAUUGAAAAAGCCAGAAGAGUUGCAGCAUAGCAGUGAGACGAGUGGCAAAGAAGAAGAAGAAGCUGGAGCAGAAUGUGAGAAUCAGGAGAGGAACAAUCGGACGAACGGGACUUGUGUCGCAGACGCAUGGAUUAUUGAGCGUAAUGCAAACACAGCUCAGAGAGUGGUGGUGCCAUGGGGAAGCGACCGUAUCAGUGAUGUGCCAGCAAAUGAUGACGCUGAACGGUUCUACCGCACGGUGUACAGUCGUCGUCCACUGCCUUUGCGCCGCACCGCAGACCUGCAAGCUGAGAUUGUUGGUCAUCUUGACCCAGGCUUUGUGUUCUCGUCCACUCAGCGCAUUCUCAACGAUCGAGGAAACAUUUGGAUUCGAGUGGCACUGCCUUCAGAAAAGUCAGCUUGUGUCAGUAGUAGUGCUGGAGACGACACUGGCAAGGACAAGAACACAAAGAGCAGUCCUAUCGGCAAUGCGGAAGAAUCCAAGGAGGAGGAAGAUGAGUUUGAAUGUCUUGAUACACCCGUUCGGUAUGGCUACGCGAUCCAGUCGAACGCCAAGACCAACACAUGCAUGGUCCAGGAAAUUCCUCCACCUGGAAAGAUGAAUCCGAAACAGUAUUACCAGAUCUCGCUUUCGUUGGACGAUACACGACCGCAGACGACGAACAGUAACCAGACGGAAGAAGUGACAGGAAGUCUACCAGAAAAUAUGCUGUCGGCUUAUGCUGAGGCUUCGUGCUCUGCCAAAGAGCUGUUUUGCGUCAGAAACGGCGCAAUUCUAUCUGCCAUUGGUUCUGUAUACAAUGCCGAGCAAGGACGGAUGUGGUUGCAAGUUUUAGCAAUGGAGUUGGAUCCGACCAUGCGAGUGAAGAACCAGCAGCCGCUUUCUGAUGCUGAACAGAACAUGAAUGUGGUAUAUUUACCAAUGUGCAGGUUAAAUACGAAUUCACACGAGACUGUUCUUAAGCCGAUCCACCGUAGGUUGGUAAAGGUUGACAGUCCUCUGAAAGCUGUGAAAAAUGGGUUGCAAUCUCCGUCGCGGGUCGUGUUUAGUGGUCGUGCCUCAAAGCUUUUUGGGUCCCAUUUGUUACGUCCAUCUACAAUUGAUCUACCAUCGUCGCUUGAGAAGAAAGACAAAGGAUCAGGAUUGGUAUGCAGUGGUAUUCCUGUCCAUGACUCGGUAGCACGAGCUGCGGGCGAGAAAGACCGUGCGCAAAGUCUAAAGGACGAGAUUACCGCAUGGCAACUUGAAACAGGUAGUCGGAUGACCCAGUUGUAUACACAAGUUGGUGCUUUAGCUGGCUAUACUAUGAGUUGUGUACGUCGUCCUUUUGCUGCGUGUUUAGCGCACCAGGAGGCAAAACGACGAUAUGAACAAUUGGAUCAGGAUGGAGAAGGUAUGGAAGAGUAUGCACUUGUUGACGAUGAAGUGCAAGUGUGA